AUGAGCAUGGUAAAGAGCCUAGAGCGGCUGGAGCAGCGGCUGGCUGUGAUGGUGGCUGCCCAGGAGACUUCUCCGGCCUGGUCUUCACUGGGAGAGGAGGGGCCGGCAACCAUGAAGAAGGAGAAGAGCCAUGACCAGGAUGAGGCAGACUGCAGGGCAGAGCUGAUCCUCUUCAACGGGGACUGCACUGACCCCACUAAAGACUCACCUUCCCUUCUUCUGGGGGCCAAUGGGAAGCCAAGUGCUCCAGAUGCCGGGGGCCUGGGGCUGCCCUCCCUGAAGAACAAGAGGGUCAGCAAGGGAGACCUCUCCAAGGAGGAGCUGUCCUGGCCGCUCACUCUCACGGGGAAGCAGGAGACGCGGCCCCGGGGCAGCGCUGGGUGGGAGAGCAGCCUGAGGCAGAAGCCCCCCGUGCGCCUCAUCUUCCAGGCAGGGCAGACCCAGCACGAGAUGAGGAUCAAGGCAACGAGCAACGAGGAGACUCUGAGGGACCUGCGAACUCCCUUGCGGAGCUCCAAGCGUCGCUCGGCCACGUCUGUCCCCGUGGCCACCAUCGACCUGACGGAGGAAGACUCCCGGGACUCAUCCCAGAGCAGCAGCACACUCUCUGGCAGCAGCUCCCAGGAGGGCCAGAAUGGCUCUGCCGAGCUGGGGACUGAGGAGCCAGAGAGCAGAGAUGUGGGGACACCACUGGAAUACCAGGAUGGGAAGGAAUUUGGAAUCGGGGAGCUUGUCUGGGGAAAGAUCAAAGGUUUCUCCUGGUGGCCUGCCAUCGUCGUCUCCUACAGAGCCACGGCCAAGCGCCAGGCCGUCUCGGGCAUGCGGUGGGUGCAGUGGUUUGGAGAUGGGAAGUUCUCCGAGGUUUCUGCAGACAAGCUGGUGGGACUGAUGGCCUUUAGGCAGCAUUUCAACUGUUCCACGUUUAAUAAGCUGGUUUCCUACCGACGAGCCAUAUACCAUGCCCUGGAGGUUGCCCGGAGCCGGUCAGGAAAGACGUUUGCAGCCACCCCCAGGGAGUCCCUGGAGGAGCAGCUGAAGCCCAUGAUCGACUGGGCACUCACUGGCUUCAAACCCCUGGGCCUCAAGGGGCUGCAGCCGCCCAAAGCCUCAGAGAACGGGGCCCUGAGGAACGGGACGGAGGAGGUGCUGUCCCUCGAGCAGUGUCCCCGCACCAAAAGGCUGAAGUCCAACCCCUGCAACAAUGGCAAGGAGCAGCGAGUGGAAGAUGACCAGACCCGAGAGCAAAUGGUUUCUGAAGUUACGAACAACAGUGGGAGUCUUGAAGACAGCUGCCUGUCCUGCGGGAGGAGGAACCCGGCCACCUUCCACCCACUCUUCGAGGGGGGCCUGUGCCAGACCUGCAGGGAUAGAUUCCUGGAGCUCUUCUACAUGUACGACGAGGAUGGCUACCAGUCCUACUGCACUGUCUGCUGUGAGGGGAAGGAGCUGCUGCUCUGCAGCAAUGCCAGCUGCUGCAGGUGCUUCUGUGUGGAGUGUCUGGAGGUGCUGGUGGGGCGAGGGACGUCGGCCAAGGCAAAAGAGCAGGAGCCCUGGAACUGCUACAUGUGCCAGCCCCAGAGGAGCUACGGGGUGCUGCAGCGCCGGCAGGACUGGAACACCCGCCUGCAGGACUUCUUCACCAGUGACAAGGGGCAGGAAUAUGCUGAACCCAAAAUCUACCCAACAGUCCCACCAGCAAACAGGAGACCCAUUCGAGUGCUCUCCUUGUUUGACAGCAUCACAACAGGGUACCUGGUGCUGAAGGACUUGGGUAUCCAAGUGGAAAAGUACAUUGCCUCAGAGAUCUCUGAAGACCCCAUUGCUGUGGGCACCAUGCGGCACGACGGGAACAUCACCUACGUGCACGAUGUCAGGAACAUAACCAAGAGAAACAUUGAGGAGUGGGGCCCCUUUGACCUGGUGAUAGGUGGAAGCCCCUGUGACGACCUCUCCAUUGUCAAUCCGGCCCGGAAGGCGCUGUAUGGCUGUCCCAUGCCAGCACCGUGGGGAGGGCAGCCAGGCCCCCCGGACCUGUGUCCCUGUGCCACAGCCCGUCCCACCCACUGCUCUGGCUCUCUUGCAGAAGGAACUGGGAGGCUCUUCUUUGAAUUUUACCACUUGCUCAACUUCGCCCGCCCCAAGGCAGGAGAGGAGCGCCCCUUCUUCUGGAUGUUUGAGAACGUGGUGGCCAUGAGGGUCAAUGACAAGAGGGACAUCUCUCGGUUUCUGGAGUGUAACCCGGUCAUGGUCGAUGCCAUCAAGAUGUCAGCUGCCCACCGUGCGCGCUACUUCUGGGGAAACCUUCCGGGGAUGAACAGGAUCUUCGGCUUCCCCCUCCCCUACACGGACGUCUCCAGCAUCAGCUGCGGGACUCGCCAGAAGCUGCUGGAGACAUCAUGGAGCGUCCCUGUCAUCCGGCACCUCUUUUCCCCACUCAAGGAUUAUUUUGCCUGUGAAUAAGAAGCCGAGGUCCCUCGUCUCUGGUAAAGAUGCAGAGCUCCGCUGCGGUGGCGGGAGAGGGACGGGCACGGAUUCUGCCACGGCCCCUUCCCUCCCAG